AUGGCUCAGAAAGCAGCCAAAUCCCUCGCAGCCCGCAAUGCCUCAACCCUAAACCGCACACACCUAAUUACCCUAUCCCUUCACGCCCUCUUCCUAACCCUAAACUUCCUCUUCAACCGUCCCAGCGCUCUCUUGCGGUAUUGCCUCCUAAACCUCCCCGCACUGGCGAUCGAAUUCUACCUUGAACGCCUGGGUCGACCCCACUACAGUUUACAGGACGGCUCCCUAAAAUCCGCCGGUGAGGAUCUGGGUGCUUCGGGGCUGACGGAGUAUAUGUGGGAUAUACUCUAUUGGACAUGGAUUUGUAUGGGUGCUGUGUGCGUGUUGGGGGAUUGGGCUUGGUGGUUUUAUGUGGCUGUUCCCGUGUAUUCGGUUUAUUUGGGUUGGACGACAUUUUUCGGGAUGAAGAAGGGACUGGCUGGGUUUGCAGGGGGUAGUAGUGAGGUUCAGUCUUCUGGUGGUAGUGGUGGAGCGAGUAAAAGGCAGCAGAAGUUGGAGAAGCGUGGUGGUCAGCGUGUUCAGUAUCGGUAG